AUGGAUGAUUUUAGAGUAUGUAGGAAAUAUGAUGAUUUAUUGAUUUGUCCACCAAUGGGACCAGUUUGUAACAGAAAUACUGAUUUUUGUGAAUUAGCAUUGUUUCUUAAAAAAAAAAAAAAAUCUGUCUCUAACUGUGUAAAACACAAAUUGUUAAAAGAGUUUCCACCUAUUUUAUCAAAUAUUUGCAAGGAUGGAUUUAUGCGACCUGUUGAUAGCAAGCCAUAUCCUUUCUCUCUGCCUCUCCCCCUCACAACAUGGGAACAUGGAUUUGUCAUGAAUGUUACUAAUAUCACCCUACCCAGCUGUAAUAAAUUGGAACCUAUAAUCCUAAACGAGUACAUUGACCAGCUGCAGCCAAUAUUGAAGCAACAGGACACUGCCGCGGGACUUCCGGAGUUUACUUGCUGUUGGACUCUAAUGGGCGCGUGA